AUGCUCGCUCCAGCACCUCUUACCGAAGUCGCUAGGGAGGGCCCAAAGCAUGAAAAGAAUGGCAAGUCGCUUGAACAGACACGAAAAGUUGCUCUCAUCGCGACCUUUUUUCCCAAGUCGAGGCUCACUCCCCCAAAUCUGAAUGUACAGGCUACAGCUAGUAGCGGAGAUAGGGACCAAUAUGAGACCAAAGCUACGAGACCAUCUUUGCCCUCCUAUGUUGGUACUUUUACAUCUCUGCUCGCCCAGCUUGUGCCCCAACUUGACUAUAAAUCAACCCAGCAUCUAACCUCCCAUAUUACUCAAUCCACCUACACAGGACUCUACCAAGACCUACCGGACUUUUCGAAUAUCCGGCAUGAUGCUCCAAUCCAAGAUUUUGAAAGGAGACAUGGUCUCGAGAUCAUCUUUGACGUUCAUCCAAAUGCUUCUGGGCAUCAACAGCGGCCCUUGCUGCUCGCUCUUUUCGACAUGGACUCCACCCUCAUCAACGAAGAAGUAAUCGACGAGCUUGCCCGAUCAAUUGGCAUCAGCGAUGCAGUCUCGGCCAUCACAGCCCGUGCCAUGAACGGGGACAUUGACUUCGCAACCUCCCUCUCAGAACGUGUAGCCAUGCUAAAGGGUGUGCGUACGAAUGUAUGGGAGGACCUGAAGAAGACGGUCACGAUUGCGACAGGGGCAAGAGAGCUCGUCAGUGGUCUGAAAAAGAAGGGAGUGCUGACCGGUGUUGUGAGCGGAGGUUUCAUCCCAAUGGCCGAGUGGCUGAAAGGCGAGCUGGGGCUUGAUGUCGCCGUUGCGAACCAUUUGUUGGAAGAGGGCCCGACAGCGGACUUCCCGUAUCCGCAUCUUUCAGGUUUGCUGGAUUCCAAUUAUCCAGUCGUUACGCCCGAGCUGAAAAGAGAGACCUUGAGAUCUCUUGCAGCUGAUCAUGCGAUCCCGUUGUCUGAAACGCUGGCUGUGGGAGACGGGUCCAACGAUCUGCUCAUGCUUGGGACCGCGGGCUUAGGCAUUGCAUGGAAUGCGAAAGAGAAGGUGCAGACUCGGGCGCCCAUGAGAUUGAAUGGGAACAGCCUCGCAGAUGUGCUGUACUUGAUCUUUUGA